AUGGCAAAGCUAGUGCACAACAUACAAAAAAAACAGCAUCGGGAGCGUUCCCAGGAAGCCGGCCGCUCCAGACUGGGGUUUUUGGAAAAACAUAAAGACUAUGUCAAGAGAGCGCAAAAUUUCCAUCAAAAAGAAGCAACGUUGAAGAUUUUGCGUGAAAAAGCACAGCAAAGAAACCCAGACGAAUACUACCAUGGCAUGCACUCACGUAGCGUGGACGCCCGUGGGCUGCUAAAACAAUCGAGACACGCACGCGAUGAGGACCCCAGCUUGUCUACCGCACAGGUAAAGCUGCUGAAAACACAGGACGCAAACUACGUACGUACCCUACGGCAAAACGAGCGCCAAGUGCUCGAGAAACAGGCGCGCGAGACGAUGUUCAAGUCUAAGGGCGCCCACACGGUUUUUGUGGACGACCGUGAUGCAUUGCAAUCGUUUGAUGCUGCGCAGCACUUCCAAACUACUCCCGAGAUGUUGGGACGUCGUGAAAACCGGCUCACACGUGACCAGCUUGCAGAUCAAGGUCUCAAAAUGGGUCAAUCUAUCGCACAGUCCAAGUCCUCUUCUGGUCUGGACGUGGACACGCUGCAUCGUAAACGGCUCAAGAAACUACGACAGAUACAGCAACAUCAAGAACGUGAGCGCCAACUAUCGGGCGUAUUGCAGCGUAUGGACACCCAACGCGAAGGUAUGAAAAAGGGCGAUAAGAAAAAAAUUCAGGAUGCAGAGGGGAAGAUCACUUUCAAGUGGAAGAAGCAGCGGAAACGUUGA